CCGUGACUACGCCAAUCUCCUUUCCUAAGCAGAGCGGACUACGAUUCCCACUGUCCUCCUCGCUCGGGGGCGGGGAAAAGGACUCGGAAACCGGAUGGGCAGCUGGGCCAGGUGACGGUGACAUGGCUGUGCCCCAGGCUUUCCCACCGGGGCCCCUUCAUGAGCCUGCAGGUGCCCUGGUGGAGCCCCAGCUCUGCCCUGGAAGCUUGGCUGAGGGCUUCCUGGAGGAGGAACUUCGGCUCAAUGCUGAGCUGAGCCAGCUGCAGUUUUCUGAGCCUGUGGGCAUUAUCUACAAUCCCGUGGACUACGCGUGGGAGCCUCAUCGCAGCUACGUGACCCGCUACUGCCAGGGCCCCAAGCAAGUGCUCUUCCUGGGCAUGAACCCGGGGCCCUUUGGCAUGGCCCAGACUGGGGUACCCUUUGGGGAAGUGAGUGUAGUCCGGGACUGGUUGGGAAUUGGGGGCUCUGUGUUGAGCCCUCCUCAAGAACACCCUAAGCGACCAGUGCUGGGGCUGGAGUGCCCACAGUCAGAGGUGAGUGGUGCCCGGUUCUGGGGCUUUUUCCGGAACCUCUGUGGACAGCCCGAGGUUUUCUUCCGCCACUGCUUUGUCCACAAUCUGUGUCCUCUGCUCUUCCUGGCUCCCAGUGGGCGCAACCUCACCCCCGCCGAUUUGCCUGCCAAGCAGCGAGAACAGCUUCUUGGGCUCUGUGACGCGGCCCUCAGCCGGCAGGUGCAGCUGCUGGGGGUGCGGCUGGUAGUGGGCGUGGGGCGGCUGGCGGAGCAGCGGGCACGGCGAGCUCUGGCUGGCCUGAUGCCCGAGGUCCAGGUGGAGGGGCUCCUGCACCCCUCCCCUCGGAGCCCACAGGCUAACAAGGGCUGGGAGGCAGUGGCCAAGGAGAGACUGAAUGAGCUGGGGCUACUGCCGCUGCUAACAAAAUGAGCGCCCCUGGGGCCUGGCAGAGGGACACAUUCAAGGCCCCCAGGUCCUUCUUGGGCGAGCAGAUGACCACACGCCUCCUGGACCGGAGCAGGAAGAUCCUCCUCGGCCGUCUGGUUGCUGGGACCUGGCACGGCAGUUUUGACACUAUUCCGGCUGGCUCUCCUGAUUCCUGCCUUCUUCCCCUUCCUUUGAGCAUUGCCUUUUUGGAACCUAACUCCACAGAGAGGCAACACCUGCAAACUGCUUACUUCACUGUUUCUUUGAGAGCCUCUGUUCAGCUGAGUGACCUCCAAGGUCUUAUUUGCUAUCUCAGAGAAAAGAUCCUGCCAGGAUGCGCACCCAUUCUCAUGGAGGAGUGUCCUUCAGCUGACCCCUCUCCUCACAGGGACCAGGACAAAGCAUGGGGCAUGGGUAUUAAUGAACUUACGGAAGACUGAGGCUGGAUCAGAGAGAGGAAGAAUUCAGUGUGGCAGCGUGGGGAAGGCUCGAAGACCUGUUGAGACUUGUGAACUUGACUUUGGCCAUGUUGAUUAACCUCUUCAAGCCUUGGGGUCCUCAUCUGUAGCGUGGGGAUCCCUACCUCAUGGGGUUGGUGUGGGGAUUAACUGAGAUAACACUGAAAGUGCCUUGUGUGGUACCUGGCACAUAGAUGCUCAUUACGCCUCCUUUUUUCUUGUCUCCGGUUGGGGUGUCACUGCACUACAAGGGAAGCCCCGCCACCUGAAGGCCGUGGGGAGAAGUCUCAGCCUCCACCUGUGGCCUGGGUGAGGGCAGACUUGCCCUGCCAGAGAUGGACCAUGACUUUAUGAAAAACCCAGCCUGUGAUUUUUCAGUCUAAGCAUUAAAAGCUCCUAAAUCUUUUUGUGUUGGUGCUUUUUCCCUGUCCUGGGAACAUGACAGGGGUGGAAAGUGGUAGUUUAUAUUUUCCCUCCUACCUCUUCACUGUUGGCAAAGGGCAGCUGGGGGGUGAUGUAAACAUUUCCAGUUGCCUUAGCAAAGCAGCAGGUCUCUGCUAGGGGCCUGUCCAGUGGCUUGUCUUCUGCUCCGGGCGCUCUGGGGAGCAGCUGGUGGGUGGAUGGGAGCCUGGUGUUUCCAGCUAACUCAUUUCUUAUGUCUGUUGCAUGGCUGGCUGGUGUGCCCAUUUGGCAAGGGUUGGGGAAGUGAAUCAAGCUGGGAGCAGAGAAGGUCCUGAGACCACCUUAAUGAGGAGCACAUGGGCCCUUCUGGGACAAGCCAUCUCCAGCUUUCAAAAUUAAGGCUUUUAGUAUAAGUGUCUGAGUCUCCCCCGUUCUCUACACCCCAAGUGAUAGGAAUUUCUGUUAUUCAUGGUGGAUCCCUCAGGCCACACCUGAGUUUAUGAUGAAGUUUGACUCAGGAUGACAGUGACCAUGCCAGAAAGACCAACCAUGUGAUUAGAGGGUUGGGGCUUUGAGUCAGGUGAUAUCAGCCUCCAUGGAGGAGAGGGGGCUAGAGAUUGAGUUCAACCAUGUAGCCAAUGAUUUUUUUUUCUGUAUCCAAAAUGCUUUUAUAAAAGAAUAUAAACACAAAAUGAUUUUUAAAAUAUUUUUAUUGAUUUCAGAGAGGGAGAGAGAUAGAAACAUCAAUGAUGAGAGAGAAUCAUUGAUUGGCUGCCUCCUGCACACCCCCCCUCCCCCCCACUGGGGAUGGAGUUCACAACCCUUGACGGGAAUUGAACCUGGGACCCUUCAGUCCACAGGCUGAGGCUCUAUCCACUGAGCAAAACUGGCCAGGGCAAUGAUUUCAAUAAGUUAUAGCUACAUAGUGAAACCCUAAUAAAAACUCUGGACACAAGGCUUUGGUGAGCUUCCUGGCUGGUGGACACAUGGAUAUGUUGGGAAGGUGAUGUGCCAUGAUUCUGUGGGGGGAGGGCACGGAAGCUGUUUUUUGGAUCAUCCCAGAUCUUGCCUUAAUAUGUUUGUUCAUUUGCCUGGUCGUAAUUGGUAUCCUUUAUAAUAAACUGUAAUUGUAGGUAAAGUG